UUCUCCUUUAUAUUGCUUUAACAUGAACCGAAGCAAUGUUUUUGACUUUUUAAAGAACAUAACAUUGUGGACCUUGUUGCUAUUUCAUAGAAUUUUUCCUCAAGUCUUAUAAGUGGCCACUUAGAAAUUAUAGACACUUUCUAUUUUAUACUUGGCUUUAAUUCUAGUUGUCAUGUUUAAUGCAUUUCCUUAUAUUUUUUUGGUAAGAAGGCGCAACAGGAAUCAAUGCAAUUUCUAUGUCCAAAUGAUAUUCAAAACUCUACUAAAUAAGCUAAUUCAAGGCUCUUAUUUUUGACUUCAAUUUGCUAACUGGUCGAAGCGUAAUUCCGUUUUGUUAAUCAGCAAUCUAUCGUUAGCAUCCUUCCAAAUAUUAGGGUUCCAAAAAUAUACACCACACCCGACGUGCUAACAUGUCAUUUUAAUCAAGUUCCCGUUGCACCUCAACGAAGUCCAUUCGGCUCAUUAGUAUCUGUUCUCUUUAAAACCUUUGAAUAAUUAAAUCAACACAUAGUAACUCUUAUAACGUGCACCCACGUACACACUACACAGGCAGACAUGUCUAUAAGAGCUUGCAUGUCCCAACCUCAACAUAACAAGACCUGUGGCAUCUGUUAACACCCUUCCUAUCUCCCUUCUUAGCUGUGGUAACAUGGAGCUGUCUCUCUCCUUCCAAAUACUCAUGCUGCUUCUUCCCCAUUUUAUCAUGGCGCUGGGCUCUCGCAAUCCAGCGUUGACAACAAUGGCAGCUGCAGACCAGCUUUCCCUUGAUUACUAUGCCAGGACCUGCCAAAACUCUGAAGCUAUCGUCGACAGGAAGAUUAAGCAUUGGGUCUCCAAGGACUACACUCUUGCUGCAAGCCUAAUUAGGUUGCACUUCCAUGAUUGUGCUGUUAGGGGAUGUGAUGGUUCCAUUCUACUGAACCAUUGGGGAAGUGAGAGGAGGGCCAAUGCAAGCGAGACACUGAGAGGUUUUGAGGUAAUUGAUGACAUUAAAGCGGAGGUGGAGAAGAAAUGCCCGAAGACUGUGUCCUGCGCCGACAUACUGACCGCUGCUGCUCGCGAUGCCACCGUCAAGAUUGGAGGCCCGUUCUGGGGAAACAAGUAUGGCAGAAAGGAUGGACGCACGUCCUUGGCAAAGGAAGCUGAACUUGUCCCUGCCGGGCAUGAAAACGUCACCUAUCUCAUUGAGUUCUUCCAAUGCAGAGGCUUAAGCCUUCUUGACCUUGUGGUCCUUUCAGGAUCUCACACUGUCGGGCGAUGCACUUGCGAUGCGAUUCAGCAGAGGCUCUACAGCUUUAAUGGCACUGGAAGACCUGACCCCUCCAUUGAUGCUCGAUACCUUAAUUUCCUGAGGAGGAAAUGCCAAUGGGCUACUGAAGUCGUUGAGCUCGAUGCCACCACUCCGACCACAUUCGAUUCCAUGUACUACAAGAAUCUUGAGAAGAAGAUGGGACUGCUGUCGACUGACCAAUGGCUCUACUCUGACUCCAGGACUUCACCAAUUGUCAAAGCAUUAGCUACACAACAAAUGCUCUUCUACCAGCAGUUUGCAGUGUCCAUGGUGAAUCUUGCAAACAGCCAGGUCCUCACAGGGAAUGAGGGAGAGAUAAGGACCAACUGCAAUUUUGUGAAUCCAUGAUUCCUGGAAUUCAUACUUUGAUGCACUUUUGAAUGCAUUGAAGAGUCAUAUAUGAAAUCAGUGUGCUUCAUUACCGAGAUGAAUAAGGGACUGAAUUACCAGCUCUUGUUUUCUAAAAAUUUAAAUAGUAAUGCAGGAAAAAACUGAGUAUUUUUGCUGUGGCCAGUACAAUGUGUGGUGAAAUCAUUGAUUGCAAGUUCUACUAAAAAAAAAAAAAAUCAUCGAUUGGAGUUUCAAAAGGGAAUGAAAUAUUUUUCUAUUUCUUUACUUGGAUACUUGGAAAGAAGUAUUAGAGAUUACUCUGUUGCUGUCAGAAUGAUAAACUAAAACUGAUAUAAUUCCAUAAAAUCAAUGCCUAAACCGGUCUUUAGAUGAGCCUUACAGAGGAAAAGUCCCAAUUAACUUAAAAAUAAAAAUAUAGAUGAGGCCUGAUGAUCAUGAUAUUUUCUCUUAAACAAGGUUAUGAUCAAAUAAAUUGAUGGGAUGAUUAAAAAGAGAAAAUGAUUACUGCUACUGACACUCACUCUCUACCAACCAUAAGAUAAAGAAGCAUCAGGUCCUUAGCUACAUGAAGUCAGUCAUUACCUGGUCAUCAAGCAAAUGCUCAGAAAUGUGAUAUUGUGUGUGCAUCUGUAAUUCACCAGAAAUACAACUCUUCAUUCAUUAUCAGAAGCAUAACUUAAAGUGGUUGGGAAUGGGUAGCAUCUCAUUAUUCUAGAAGAAGUACAAAAGAAUGCCACCGUACAAAUUAUAUAUAAAUAAAUAGAAUCUGCAGGCAGAGCAACUUCCUGAGCAUAAACAAGUAUGUGGAAAGGGAUGCCAAAUUUUAUUUUCAAUAUUUCCUCAACAGGAGAGAAUGUAAUUUAUCCUCAUUAAUGCUGAUGAAGACAAAAAAAGGGGGCACCUUAUCCUCAUUAACACAUUAUAGAGUAGAUUGGAAAUUGAGAAAACUUCUGAUGUUACAUGUAUAAUUGUAGGCAAAAGUUAACACUAUAGUCAGAAGGUGCUAUUCUCAAUAAGGGUUAUGCAGAUUUUGCUAAUGAAAACGAGUAUG